AUGCCAAAGUUAACUACCAAGCAGACCAAAAAACAAGAGAGUGGAGCCGACAUGCGAGCAUUUGGACCUCUGUUCAACAAAGAUCUCGGUCAGCACAUUCUCAAGAAUCCUCUCGUAGCUCAGGGAAUUGCUGGUUUACUUGGAUCGGAUACUGUGCUUGAAGUUGGACCUGGUACUGGUAACUUGACCGUCCGUAUUCUUGCUCAGUGUAAAAAAGUAGUCGCUGUUGAAUUCGAUCCCCGUAUGGCUGCUGAACUCCAGAAGCGUGUAAAUGGAACACCCGAUCAGAGAAAGCUUCACAUUAUGUUGGGCGAUUUCAUGAAGACUGAACUGCCAUAUUUCGACGUGUGCAUCAGUAACACACCAUACCAGAUUUCCUCUCCUCUAGUCUUCAAGCUGUUGGAACACCGUCCCUUGUUCAGAUGUGCAGUACUCAUGUUCCAGCGUGAAUUUGCUCUACGUCUGAUUGCAAAGCCCGGAGAUACCCUUUAUUGUCGAUUGACUGUAAAUGUACAGCUGUAUGCAAAGGUGGAUCAUAUUAUGAAAGUAGGAAAGAACAACUUUAGACCUCCUCCUCAAGUCGAGUCUUCUGUUGUCCGCCUUGAACCCAAAAACCCUCCUCCUCCUGUUGAUUCCAAGGAGUUUGAUGGUUUGUUGCGUAUUGCGUUUGUAAGAAAACACAAGCAUUUGGUGGCCAAUUUUAAGCAGACAACCGUACUUCACAUGUUGAAACAAAACUACAACACAUAUUGCUCCGCUCACAAUAUAAUGUUAGAAGAUGACGUUGAUAUCAAGGACAAAGUUGUUGAAAUUCUUGAGUCUAUUGGUAUGGCAGAGAAGCGUGCAGCCAACUGCGAUAUGGACGAUUUCUUAAAGAUUCUUCUCACUUUCAACAAUGCCAACAUUCAUUUCUCAUAA